AUGCUAACCGCCGUCUGCGGCUCUCUGGGCAGCCAGCACUCGGACGCGCCUCCCGCCUCCCCGCCGCGCCUCGACCUGCAGCCCCUCCACACAUACCAGGGCCACACGAGCCCGGAGGCCGGGGACUACCCCUCCCCGCUGCAGCCUGGAGAGCUGCAGAGCCUCCCGCUGGGCCCAGAGGUGGACUUCUCACAGGGCUAUGAGCUGCCGGGGGCCUCCUCUCGGGUAACCUGCGAGGACCUGGAAAGCGACAGUCCCUUGGCCCCGGGACCCUUUUCCAAGCUCCUGCAGCCGGACAUGUCACACCAUUACGAAUCGUGGUUCCGGCCGACACACCCAGGCACCGAGGAUGGCUCUUGGUGGGACCUUCAUCCGGGCACCAGCUGGAUGGACCUCCCCCACACGCAGGGCGCGCUGACCUCACCUGGCCACCCCGGGGCGCUUCAGGCUGGCUUGGAGGGCUACGUCGGAGACCACCAGCUUUGUGCCCAGCCGCCCCACCCACACCCGCACCAUCUCCUCCCAGCCGCCGGAGGGCAGCACCUCCUCGGGCCUCCCGACGGGGCGAAGGCCUUGGAAGCAGCCGCCCCGGAAUCCCAGGGCCUGGAUACCAGUCUGGAUGGGGCGGCCCGGCCCAAAGGCUCCCGGCGGUCAGUGCCCCGCAGCUCAGGCCAGACCGUGUGCCGCUGCCCCAACUGCCUGGAGGCGGAGCGGCUGGGGGCUCCGUGCGGGCCCGAUGGGGGCAAGAAGAAGCAUUUGCACAAUUGCCACAUCCCGGGCUGUGGGAAAGCCUACGCCAAGACAUCGCACCUGAAGGCACACCUGCGCUGGCACAGCGGCGACCGCCCCUUCGUGUGCAACUGGCUCUUCUGCGGCAAGCGCUUCACGCGCUCCGACGAGCUGCAGCGCCACCUCCAGACCCACACCGGCACCAAGAAGUUCCCCUGCGCAGUUUGCAGCCGAGUCUUCAUGCGCAGCGACCACCUGGCCAAACACAUGAAAACCCACGAGGGCGCCAAAGAGGAGGCUGCCGGGGCGGCGGCGGGAGAGGGCAAGGCCGGCGGAGCGGAGCCCCCCGGGGGCAAAGGCAAGCGCGAGGCCGAGGGCAGUGCGGCUGCCUCCAACUGAGCUCCUCGUCCCGCCUCCCCGUCCCGCCUCCCCGUUGGUCUCCCCUGGGGCCAUCAGAAGAGCGCCCUCU